AUGUUGGUUGACAACAAUGGAGAUCUGGCUACGUACAGCACGGUGUACGGUGUGCCAAUGGCGGCUCUAUCGGCGGUGCCGUUGACGAUAGAGACUGCGCCAUACUUCACACCUCUGCGGACAGGCGACGGUGUCCAGAAAACGAGUUGCGUCUACGACCCUGAGUGUCCCGGUUGGAAUAGCCGUUGGGCGCCGCCGCAAGUCUACGACUUUCUGAUCCCGAUGGGCGGCGAGCCGAUCGAGCCGGCCUUCUGCGAGGUUUUCAAAGAUCUUCCCACGAGGGGCGGCGCCGUGCUGCCGGAACUCUACCCUUACACCACGCCCGCACCUGAGGUGGGGAAGAAUGCCGCGGGCUGGCAGAGCUUCAGCUGGACGGCUCCGGCGGCCGAAGCUUCGGACCAGAAAGAAGCUUCCGGCGCAGAGGCGGAAGAGGACUGGACGGAGUACACGGAGUACGAAUACCAGUACACAGAUAUAAACGGCUGCACCUGCAAGAAGACACUCACUGUGGAAAAUAUAGUGACCCUCAUCGCAGGCGGCACUGCCGGCGGCACACUGGUCGUCGGCGCCAUGAAAACAGUCUUGAAUGCAAUUGACCCCGACGCACCCGCCAUAGACACCUCCGGCAACUUAGACGAAGUCGUCACCGGCGACCACAAUAGCGCUGACGAAGAUGACGACCCUUCCACCCUCGCCCAGUAG